AACUGGGUUUUAUUUGUUUUUCAUAAACUUACUUACGUUAACAUUUUACGAACAAAUUGUUUGUUUCAUAUUUACGGGGAUAUUUACUGAAGUUGAUUAACAAUGGUUUUGGUUUAUCGGCUUAUCAGAUGUGUGUGCAUGAAUAAUCGCUCACGUAUUGAGUUGUAAUGUUCGAUUGUAUAUCUAUUUAUAAAAGCUUAUUUCCGUGCUAAAUAGUAGUUUUUUGUAAUCUAAUAAAUCUGUUUAUUGAUUAAUGUUUGAAGACAUCGACAAAGUGCAAAUUUUUUCACUUAUAUUUAAAUACUAAGUCAACUCAAACAAUAAUUCAGUGAUAGUGACAGAAUAUGGAAUCAUUAAUAUUAUCAUAAAUCAUUCAAUAAAAUUAUUUUUGUUAUUGUGCUUGAAUUCAAUCGUUUUUCUAUGAACAUAUCUGUGAGAAAAUAAACCGCAUUAAAAUCAUCUUCUAAUGGAGUUCUGUUACUUAUUUUAAUUUUAAAAACAAGGAGAAGAAAAAAAUAAAGCAAAAAGAAGUUUGCUUUUAGAAAAAAAUAAAGUAAACUACAUCAGCAAGAAGUUGAAAGCAAAAAGAAACUGUAUUUUAAUGAUUGGAAGAGCUUGCAAUAGCUCUUAUAUUUAAUUACCAUACUGGUGUAGCUUUUGAAACAAUUUUCUGCAUUUUUUUAUUAUUUAUGUAAAAGAAAGAACUGAAGCCUCGUAUUAACCAUGUGUAGUGAACGAGUUCAAAUUUCUUCAGAUUCAGAUUUUCAAAAUUCUUCUGCAACCCAUGAUAUUUUGAAUUCUGAUGAAAAUCGCUGUGUCAUAUGCAAUAAGACCUAUGCCAACAAAAGUAUUUUGAUUACACACACUCUUAUUCAUACGGGUGAAAAAAAGUUUUCUUGUAGCAUAUGUAACAAAAGAUUUUCUAAAAAAAGCAAUCUAAUAAAUCACAUGAAUGUUCAUACUGGUGAAAAACCUUUUUCUUGUCACAUAUGCAACAGGAGUUUUGCAUUCAAGAGUAACUUAGUGUCUCAUAGUUUUCUUCAUACUGGUGAAAAACCACAUUCUUGUCAUAUAUGUGAUAAAAGAUUUUCACUAAAAAGUGUUUUAAAGAAACACAUUUAUGUUCAUACAGGAGAAAAACCUUAUACAUGUAAUAUUUGCAAUAGGGGUUUUUCCCAGAGAAGUAGUUUAAAAACUCAUGGUUUUGUUCAUACUGGAGAAAGGCCUUUUUCUUGUAAAAUUUGUAAUAAGAGUUUUUCAACACAAAGUGAUUUAACUAAACAUAAUUUUGUCCAUACUGGUGAAAAACCACAUUCUUGUACAGUAUGUGGAAAGAGUUUUUCUCAAAAAUCUAAAUUAGUGACUCAUUCCUUUAUCCAUACUGGUGAAAAACGUUAUUCUUGUGAUAUUUGUAAUAAAAUGUUUAUAGCAAAAAAUCAGUUAAAUAAUCACAACUUUAUCCAUACUGGGGAAAAACCUUUUACUUGUAGCAUAUGUAAUAAAAGCUUCUCAAUUAAGAGUGUAUUAAAUAAUCACAUACGCAUUCAUACUCGUGAAAAUUCUGAGAAGAAUUCCGUUCCAGUACCUACUCCACAAUGCUCACCGAGUGUUAAGGAUGUGCAGGAAGUGUCAGAAGAGAGACUGACAGGGAAUAUCACUGGAAAGGCUGAGGAAAUUUCCAUUCUGGAACCUGCACCACAAUGCUCAGCAAAUCUUGAGGGUGGGAAAAUCUCGAAAAAGGCUAAAAAGAUUUCCACAUCAGUAACAGCAUCAAGUUUCGAAGGGAAACUGGUAGGGAAUAUCACUGAAUCAGUCAAAACCGAAAGUUUAGGUAUUAUGUUUACUGAAAGUUCUAAUAGCUGCUCGAAUGAACCUUCUGUGACAAAUCACAGCUCUGAUGAUGUUAAAGAAAAACCUUAUUCUUGUCAUAUAUGUUGUAAAAGUUUUGCUCAAAAUAGUCAUUUUGUUUCACACAUUCGUGUUCAUACCGGAGAAAAACCUUAUAUUUGUAAUGUAUGUCAAAAAAGUUUUUCUCAAAAAAAUAAUUUAACUACUCACAGUCUUCUUCAUACAGGUAAUAAAUCUUAUUCUUGCAAUAUAUGUGUUAAGAGUUUUUUUCGUAAAUCUCAAUUAACUUCUCAUAGUGUGGUUCACACUGGUCAUAAACCUUAUUCUUGUGAUAAAUGUGAUAAAAGUUUUUCUCAAAGGUGUCAUUUAACUACUCAUAGCUUUGUUCAUAUUGAAGAAAAACCUUAUUCUUGCCAUAUUUGUUAUAAGACUUUUUCUCAAACUUGUCAUUUAAUUUCUCAUAUUCGCAUUCAUACUGGUGAAAAGCCUUAUUUGUGUACUGUAUGUAAUAAGAGUUUUUCUCAAAAAAGUCAGUUAAAUACUCACAGUCUUCUUCAUACUGGUAAAAAAACUUACACUUGUAGCAUAUGUAAUAAGAGUUUUGCUCGAAAAUCUCAGUUAAUUUCUCACAGUUUUGUUCAUGGUGGGGAAAAAUCUUUUUCUUGCAAUGUGUGCGAUAAGAGUUUUUCUCAAAAAAGUCAGCUAACUACUCAUAGUUUUGCCCAUAUUGAUGAAAAACCUUAUUCUUGUCAUACAUGUUGCAAGAGUUUUUCUCAAAAAUGUCAUUUAGAUUCUCAUAUUCGUGUUCAUACGGGAGAAAAACCAUAUUCUUGUUCUAUGUGUAAUAAGAGUUUUUCUCAAAAAAGUCAAUUAACUAGUCAUAGUCUUCUUCACAUUGGAAAAAAACCUUAUUCUUGUAGCAUAUGUAACAAGAGUUAUUAUCGUAAAUCUCAAUUAAUUUCUCAUAGUUAUGUUCAUAGUGGUGAAAAACCUUUUUCUUGUAAUAUAUGUAGUAAGAGUUUUUCUCAAAAAAGUCAUUUAACUUCUCAUAGCUUUAGUCAUAUGGAGGUAAAACUUUAUUCUUGUAGUGUAUGUGAUAAAAAGUUUUCUCAAAUAGGUCAAUUAAAUGUCCACAAUCGUAUUCACACUGAUGCAAAACCCUAUUCUUGUAAUAUAUGUAAUAAAAGCUUUUCUCAAAAAAGUAAUUUAACUACUCACAGUUUUCUGCAUACAGGGAGAAAACCUUUUUCUUGUACCAUAUGCAAUAAGAGUUUUGCUCGUAAAUUUCAAUUAACUUCUCACAGUCUGGUUCAUGUUGAAGAAAAACCUUAUUCUUGCAAAAUAUGUAAUAAGAGUUUUAAUCAAGAAACUCAUUUAACUAGGCACAGCCUCAUUCACACUGGUGAAAAUCUUCAUUCUUGUAGCAUAUGUAAUAAGAGUUUCUUAACAAAAAGUGCUGUAUUAAAACACAGCAUUGUACAUACUGGUGAGAAACCUUAUUCUUGUAGCUUAUGUAAUAAAAGUUAUGCUCAUAAGAGUCAGUUAACGACUCACAGUGUUGUUCAUACUGGUGAGAAACCUUAUUCUUGUCACAUAUGCAACAAGCGUUUUUCAUCAAGUUCUGUUUUAUAUGUACAUAAGCGUAUUCAUGUUAAUGUGAAACCUUUUUCUUGUAAUAUAUGUGAUAAAAGUUUUUCAACAAACAGUGAAUUAACUAAACAUAGCAUUGUCCAUACAAACGAAAAACCUUAUUCUUGUAGCAUCUGUAAUAAAAGCUUUUCAAGGCAAUAUUGUUUAACUAAACACAAUCUUGUACAUACUGUCCAAACUGCGAAAGAACUUCAUUUUUGUAAUAUAUGCAAUAGAAAAUUUUCUCGGAAAAAUCACUUAACUCAGCAUAAUAAAUUUGUUCAUGCUGAUAAUAAAAUUUAGUUUAUAUAAUAGGCUUUUUUUCAUGCAAACAAUUGUUUAGCCAAAAACCGCAUCAUCUGUACUGCUGACAAUAAAAACCUUAUUCUUCAGUUAGUGGGUUUCCUAACUACACUUAUUCUUAAACCACUGUGUAAUUUUGAGAAUAAAUAUUAUUAGUGUUCUAA